AUGGAAGAACCUUCUCGAUCUUCUGGGAGUGAGUAUCUACCUUCAAGCGAUGAUGAGGAAAAUGAAGAAUUUCCGCUUAUACGUUAUGAAAGAAUUAGUAAAGCUGAAGGUAAAAGUACCAAAAAAACAAAAAAAUAUAUAAGCAACAAUUAUUCUUACAAGUCUAAUGAAAUAUCCACAACUACUACCUUGCUUGAUCAAAAUUUAAAACCAAAAGAAGAAAGCUUUGAAUUAGAAACUACAAGUAAGCACGUAGACCCUUUUAUAGUUAACUUCGGUAAAUUUGUAGGACCCUCUCAUGUUAAAGUUGAGUCACACUUCAGUCGUUCACAAGACAAAAAAACAACAUGUCCGUAUUGCUUGGACAAUGUAACCCAUUUUGCACGACACUUGAUUAGAAGACAUUGUGAUCAAGGUGCUGUUAAGGAAUUUUCGUCAUUUCCUCCAAAUUACCACAAAAGAAAAUUAUUGUUAGAUGCUAUUCGCCGUCAGGGAAAUUUUGUUAGUUCCUUAUCAACUAAUAAUAUAAGACCUGUACGAAGACCCAAGGAAGCUGAAGAUGUAGAUACAUCAUUAUUUGUUUCUUGCCCCGAUUGCAUGGGAUUCUUUAGAAGAACGUAUUUAAGAAGACAUAGAAAGCAAUGUCCUGCCAGAUCUAAAUGUAAAACUGUCAAACGUGAAAAUCAUUUAUCUUUAUCACAAGUAUUCACUGUAUGUUCAGGUGUACACGGUGAUUUUCUUGCUUCUUUGCGUUUAAAAAAAGAAGUUUUUCCAAUUAUGCGAAGUGACGAGAUUUCAAGAACUGCUAUGAAAGAUAUGCUCAUUUGCUCAUAUGCUGAAAGCUUGCUAAGAAAGCACAAGCGUGCUCAAAUAAGAAAUGUUAUCUCAAAUAAAAUGAGAGAAUUGGGACGACUUCUUAUAAGUUUGAGAAAUACAACUGGAAUUCAACUACUAUUUGAUGCUUUGAAACCACAGUUUUUUGAUAAUAUUGUCGGAGCUGUAAAAGUUAUUAGCGGAUAUUGUGAAGAAACCAAAACCUUUCAAGCGAGCAGUUUGGCACUACACAUGGGGACCACGCUUAAACAAGUUUGUGACAUAGCUACAAAGAAUACUAUACAGAAAAGUCCUAUUAUAAUCUGUACUACUGCCGAAGAAAGUCUUAAAGACAUUAAGCGUUUAAAAAAUCUUAUUGAAAACCAUUGGACAUCUGAGAUUUCAAGCCUUGCACUGAAAAAUUUAAAGGAAAAUAAUUAUGUUUCUCCAAAAUUGUUGCCAUUGACCCAAGAUGUUAUAAAAUUCCAAACUUUUGUAAUGAACGAAGCCCAUCAAGCUUCAGAUGCAUUGAAGAAGAAUAUCCACAUUAAGUUGAACUAUCGAAAGCUGAUCGAGUCUGUCUUAGCAUUGACAUUAUUAAUAAAUAGAAAGCGCAUUGGGGAAAUUCAGUACCUAAAAACCGAGACUUAUAAUUCAACAGUCAGUGAAAACCAGCAAACCGAGUUUCUAGAUUGUCUUUCAAAAACUGAACAAACUUUGUGCAAGAAUUACAAAAGAGUAGUGACCGGUGGAAAAGGAAGCAGACCUGUUGCAAUUUUAUUUCCACCGGACCUUCAGAAAUUCAUUGAACUUCUUCUAAGUUUCCGAAGUAUUUGUGUGACUCCGACAAAUCCGUAUUUAUUUGGUAAUCCUAACACAGAGCUGUGGUUGAGUGGCUAUCAUAUUGUGAAAAAGCUGGCGACAAAAGCUGAUGUUUCGGAUACAACUCUGUUUACAUCAACCCGUUUAAGAAAACAAAUUGCCACAUUAUUGCAAGCAAUCAAUAUUGGAUGA